CCGUGACGUCACGCGGAGCUGUCCCUCAGCACCGGGCCGAGCCAGGCGGGCUCUGGCGCUCCGGGUUCGAACCUGGGUCCUGCAGAUGGAAGCUAAGUCAUGAGGCAGCAUCUUCUUCUGCAAGUGACUGGGAGGGAGUGGGGAGCUUGACAUUGCCACAGAAGCCCUGAAGAGCCAUGACGUCAACUGUACAGACUCUGCGUUUCCCACUGCUUCCACAUGAACCAGACCAAGACUGGACACAUAGCUGCGAUCAGGAGAUUGAGAGGCACUAUCAAGUAGUGCCCUCAGUUGUAUGUGCCAUGUGCUGCCUCUUUGGGAUCAUCUAUUGCUUCUUUGGAUACCGUUGCUUCAAAGCAGUGAUGUUCCUGACUGGCCUGAUGUUUGGUUCAGUAAUCAUCUUCAUGUUGUGCUACAAAGAGCGGGUGCUGGACACUCAGCUGAGCGUGGAGGCCUCUGUGGGCAUUGGGCUGGGCAUUGGCGUGCUCUGUGGGCUGGUCACCAUGUUGGUACGCAGCGUCGGGCUCUUCAUGGUUGGGCUGCUGCUGGGGCUGCUGCUGGCUGUGGCUGCGCUGAUAGUGAUGGAGCAGUUCUACCACCCGCCUACUGUCUGGAUCCCCAUUGGCUUAUUGCUGGGGGUGGGCAUGCUGUGUGCUGUCCUGACCCUGCAAUGGCAGCGCCUCUUCACCACAUUGUCGACUGCUGUCUUUGGUAGUGCUGUCAUGACUGCCACUGCUGACUACUUUGUUGAGCUCUUUCUGCUGCUGCAGUAUGUUUAUGAGCGUGUCAAGGUGGCACCUGCCCGGCCCAUCUGCUGGUACAGCUGGGUCAUCCUGGGUACUUGGCCUGUCCUGGCAUUUUUGGGCGUCUUGGUACAGUGGAAAGUCACAGCUGAAGGAUACUCACACACUGAAGUGAUUAUCAGUCGGCAGCAGCGCCGUGUGCAGCUGAUGCGGAUCAAGCAGCGGGAAGAGCGCAAAGAGAAGAAGAAGAGGCGGCCACACUCUCACCCCCACCUGCAACACAAGGCCCGCCCACCCGAGCCGGCCUACCGCCGCAAGCCUAAUCCUGUGCGUCGAUUUGAUGGGGAUGUGCUCUCCCCGAGCUACAUACAGAGCUUCCGGGAACGGCAGACGGGUUCCUCUCUCAAUAGCCUCCUGGCCAAUGCUCAUGCUGCCAUUGACAUAGACUAUGACUGUGGCUCCACUGUGCCCCUGACAACCGGCUCAGGCCCUGCCAUGCGAGUAUAAACCAGCACCUCCCCCCAGAACACAGGUGCUGUCCCCUGUGGUCACCUGGGUCAAGCCAUGUGGCUAUAGCUAGCAUCUGGGUUACCACCAGGACUUGAGGAUAUUCUUCAUUGGUAUUUGUGGCCUACGUGCAGAUGUAGUUCAGCACCUCUCAAACUGUGAAGUCUAAGUGGAAUUCUUCCUAGUGCUUCACUGGCUCUGUCUAAGCCAUCAUGCAACAAGGGGCAAGGAAGGAGUUUGAGCAGGUGCUUGAGGCAAAGGGCUGAAGAGGGAUCUGGCUGCAACCCACCCCGGUCAGGAAUGUGAAAUGCAGAACUUGGGGGGAGGCCACUAAAGAGAGAACUACUCAUCUGGAACAACCCCCACAACAAGCAAUGGCAACCUUUCCUACCCAUCACUUCUGGAGCGGGCUUCAAAAGGGAGGACUGUUGGGUGGUUGUGUGCUCUCUUGCCACAACUUCCUUGUCCUGCAGUCUGUCUUUGCAUGCACUGACCCUAAGGACUGUUUCAGGGCGCAAGUGCCAUCGUGUACUGGUAGUGGAAAGUUUUGACUCAGUUCACUCCAGUCUGGUGGGAACUAGCCAGCUCAGGGAAAUGGGGCCCUCUGGCCCUGGGCCCCUUGCCCAUACCAGUGCCUGGCAUUCUGUUUAAAUGGGUGACUCAAGGAAGAAGGGGAGGAGGGUGGGGGCUGGCAACCUGGGCUGGGCUUCGUCAUUGUUGAAGUAUGCAAGCGUGAGUGUGACUCGGUGUGCAUGUGGUGGCACUGGAGCAGAUACAGACAUGUGACUGGUAUCCAGGCAAUGAACCUUUUGGAUGCCCCUCCCCCCUCCACUUCUGAUGCUGGAAAGAGGGUGAGGUAGUAAUGGAGCUGAGGAGGGGGAACCCAUGUACAUAGUCUUGUGACAGUUAUUUGUAUUAAUUUAUUAUUGACCAAGAGCUGGGCCUGGAGAGUUUUGUCAGAUCCGGAAGAUGGAGAGAGAAAAGGGAAUAGGAUCUUAGGCCCAAACCAUGUUUUCCUAUCUAAUCUCACGAAGCUGGGGGAGGACAGCGAUGGAGGUGUUUCCCCUGCGCUGGAGUUGGACAAACUUUAGCAGCUCCGACAUUUGGGUUUUGACUUCCACUGUUGUCUCUGGGGCUGGGGCUUGCUCAGUAUCUCCAACUUUAAGGAGACUGGAAGGGGGGGAGGAUUCAUCAGCCAUUUAUUUCAGGGGAGGCAGAUAAGGAUCCAGCAAGGCUUCUCUCCAUUGAGAAACUGCAUGUGUCUGUCACCAAUCAUCACUGUUGUCACCCCAGAAACUUUGCACUCUUGUUUGUUUUGUCUCUCUCUUUUUGUAUAUGUGCCAAACGCUGCCGGGCUGUGGCUGCGCAAGUAAAAAAAAAAGCCUUUUAGGAGCAGUGCUUCCAUCAAUGAAUGUGCUACAAGCAUCACACUAGAACCAAACCACUGUUUCUUGCAUGCGCAUUAAGAUAGGACUGGAGAUGAUUUAGAGCUUAAUUUGGAAGGAGGAGAAUGAAGUCAACCCACAUCUUGAAACAUUAUUUUCAGCAGAUAUAUCUAACAGAACAAUCUUGAAUUUUGACAUUUUCCUGCUUUGUAGGCAAAGGCAUAAUGCAGCCCAAAUAAUUGCUUUAAAUUAUCCAUUUGUGUUUUUCCUCCAAAGGAGGUUCUUUCUCUUUUUGACUUCAGGUCUUCCUUAAGGAAUGAGGUUUGGAAGUGCAAGUAAUGCACUUUGUGUAUACUGCACAAUGGACAUAUCUAGGCAUACGGCCUUUCAUUGAGCCUAUUGCUGUUUUAUAUGA